AUGUAUACGCUACUAGAAGGGCCAAAGGAGAGUCUAGUGAAGAAGUAUGUAAGAAUAUUCUUCGUCGUAGCUGCAUAUUGGAUCAUUUCCAUAACGACUGUAUUUGUUAACAAAGAGUUAUUCAAUGGACAGCAUGUGAAGCUGAAUGCAACAUUAUUCGUGACGUGGUUUCAAUGUGUAGUAACGACAUGUAUCUGCAUGACUGGAACUUUUCUGAGUCGACGGUUCCCAAAAUUGGUUCCUUUAAACUUCCCAGAAGCAUAUCCAUUAAGAAAGGAGACAAUUAAGAAUGUGAUUCCGCUGUCGAUUAUGUUUACAAUGAUGAUAUCCACUAAUAAUUUAUGUCUACGUUAUGUCUCGGUGGCAUUUUAUUACGUUGGAAGGUCUCUGACCACUAUCUUUAAUGUCAUUCUAUCCUACAUCUUCUUAAAAGAGAAGCAAAGCUUCAAAAGUAUCAUUUGCUGUGCUGUGAUUAUUUCUGGAUUUUACCUAGGCGUUGAUCAAGAGUCACUGACUGACACAUUCUCACUUAUUGGAACCAUAUUUGGAAUCAUUGGAUCUUUUGCACUUUCUAUGUAUUCAAUUUAUACAAAGAAGACACUUCCAUUUGUGAACGGGGAAGUCUGGCUACUUAGUUAUUACAACAACUUCUAUUCAGUCAUUCUAUUCCUUCCAUUAAUUGUUAUAAGCGGCGAAGUCCAUGAAGUAUUAAAUUAUGAGCAUAUCGGAAAGCUCUGGUUUUGGAUGACAAUGAUCAUUGGUGGUAUUUGCGGAUUUUUGAUAGGCUACGUAACAACUUUACAAAUCAAAGUUACAUCACCACUCACACAUAAUAUCUCAGGAACAGCAAAGGCUUGUGCACAAACAAUAUUAGCAACAAGCUGGUUCAACGAAAUAAAGUCGUUCUUGUGGUGGUUCUCAAACAUGGUUGUGCUUGUGGGAAGUUUCGCUUAUGCUCGAGUUAAGCAAGUGGAAAUGGCUCAACGACACAGAGAUGCUCACAACUCACAGAAGCUUUAA